AUGAAGUCUUUCGCCGUCCUCGCUGCCGCCUUUGCCGGUGCCGCUUUCGCCCAGGACAUGCCCACUGGAGACUGCGCUAUGCUCUGCGUCAACAACAUGGCCCGCAUUGCCCAGUCUGAGUUCUCCUGCGGCGACGACAUUGCCUGCUUCUGCAGCCGCUCCAACUGGGCCUUCGGUAUCCGUGACUGCUCUCGCCAGGCCUGUGAUGCCGAACAGUCUGCCAGCGCUGUCCAGUGGGCCUAUGCUCGCUGCGCCGGUAUUGCUGCCACUGCCAGCGAACAGCCCGCCGCUCUUCCCAUUCUCACCUCUGCCGUUGCUAGCGCCACUGCCUCUGGCGGUAACGCUGCUUCCAGCGUCGCCUCAGGUGCCUCAUCUGCUGCCUCUUCUGCUGCUUCGGACGCCUCAUCCGCUGCCUCCUCCGUAGCUUCGGAUGCUUCGUCUGCUGCCUCAUCUGCUGCUUCCGGCGUUACCUCUGCCGCCAGCUCUCUUGCAUCUGAGGCUUCUGGUCUGACCUCUUCCAUCCUCUCCGAGGCCAACUCUGAGCUUUCAUCCCUUCAGUCCCGCGCUAGCGAGGUCCUUUCAUCCGCCACUGAGGCUCUCUCCUCUGCUACUGGAGCUGCUGGCUCUGCCGCCUCCUCUGCCGCCUCUGCCGCCUCCACCCAGGCUGAGGGUGCCGCCCCCAAGGCCACCGGCAUGUCCAUCGCCGCUGGUGCUGGUAUUGCCGCCUGGCUCCUUCUCUAA